AUGGUACCCUGUUUCUCACUGCGUCACAGGAAGACACAACAAGUAAGUACAUAUAACCGUAAAAACGUUAUGAUGCGAGAAAGAACACGCACUGGUGCUUAAUGUGAUAAUAUGUUGUGUAACCGAGACAAGUAGGAGGUAACCAAGGGCGCCUAUUUAAGUCCUCUUUAUAUUUGAUGCUAUUCCCUUUGUCAGAAUCUUUACUGAACGUCAAUAAAAAUUAGAAAAUUAUAUUUUGCUUGUUAUUGCUAGACUAUGGGCGAAAUUUUAUAUUUUUACAAAUAUAAUUGGGAAAGUAGGACAUGAGUGAAAGGAGUACUAUACUUCGGAUAUUUUAUAUGUAUUUUUACUAUUUAUUUUAUGUAUUUUCUGGAUCCUGUUUUGCAUCCUUGUAUUUUCUAUAGUUGCACGAUAAUCUGCAGUUUGAUAUUAAAGAUACGUUUAGAGCUACGAGAAAGUUGUAGAAGCUUCCUUUAAUCGAAUUAUUAAUUAAGUAUUGAAAUAUUCUUUUGUUUAAAAUCAUCGAAUUCAUCUCAGCAGGAUUUCAUUUAUCUUCUUUAAUUUUCUUCGUAAAUGUUCAAUCUCAUUUCUUGUUCAACUAACUAUUUCUUUCGUUUUAUUGCCUAAUUAAUUUUAAAUUGUUUAUUGAUUUUUGUUCCAGAUUCAGGAAUUAUUGGCACGUCCGACAUUUACGAGGAAAUCAGUAAAUCAUGGUGAGGUAACCAUUAUAAAAAAUAAUUAAAUUACUAUAAAUAUGUUAUAUUGAUUAAUUAUUAUAAAUCAAAUAUACUAUUUCAGAUUUAUAAAUUAGUUAUAUUUUAAAUUUAAACUGUAAUAGUAUGGUUUUUGGCAAUGGGUACAAUUAUCAAUGUUAGAAACUAUACAAAAUUAUAAACAGAAAGUUUAUGAAACUGAUCUGAUUUCUCUCUGUCCUUUUUUUUUUUUUUUUUUUUUAUUCGCAGAAAUUUAGAUUUUUGGGCGAUGGGGAUUGCCCCGAUUGGUUAUUGGCCGAGAUCAAUACCUUGUCACGUAUGGUAUGAUUUCAUUUUGGCAUACGAUUUUCACUUUCAAAUACGCCAUGUAAUUUCUGAUAUAUCUUAACUCAAUUCUUUGAUCGCAGACGUCUAUUAAAAUCAAGAUACUAGGUCAAACGGUUGUGAAGUAUCUCACCGAGGGAGAUCUUGAUGUAAGUACUACAGUACUGCAUUUUAAAUUAAUUUUACACGCUUACAUCAGAUUUAACGAUUCUCACAUAAACAUUCAAUUUUCUGAAGGAAGAAAAAUUUUAAUUUUCGUAAAUAUUUAGCUCUAAUCGAUUUCAAAGUUACGAUAAAAUUGUGCGAUAAAUAGAAAGAAACGUUUCAGCAUGUUCGAUGCUGAAAUCUAGACAAACAAGACAGCUUCGUACUAUAUUAUUUGCCCUGCUUCCGGGAUUAUUGCUAUUUCUGGAAAAUUGAAGUCGUUCUUAGAAUUCUUUUUUUUCUUUCCCAAGGAAGAAAAAGUCAGAAAAAUUACUCAAGACGCUAAGGUCGGUAAGUAAAAUCGAUUUCUGCUGUACAUCAAACAGUAAGUAUAUACAUACACUUACGUUUAUUAUUUUCGCGCAGAAAUCGGCUUCUAUUUCUAUUAAUUUCAUUCAUAUCGACGUGUCAAUUAAGAAUUGACCUAUGUUAGUUUAACGAUAUUUUACGACAAUCUAUCUUCCUCAUUUUGCCCUCUUCUCAUCGUUACUCGUUUUUCAUUCUGGAGAACUGAACGACGCAAAGGCCAUGGUAGCGGCUCUCGAAUUAAUUUUCACAUCGUCCGCACGAUAUGGCGUUUCGGCUGCUGAUUUAAGCAGCGAACUGCAACAGCUCGGGCUGCCGCGCGAGCAUAGUGCGGCAAUUGCCAGAUUGCACACGGAUCAUUGCCCUCAAAUUACGGCUACGCUUUCCUCUCAGUCCUUGAGAGAGCUACGAAGAGCCAAGUCGUUGAUGGAGAAUCUAUAAAUGCCAAUAAAUAAUAUACUACACAUGCAAUACGACGUAAUCUAUGUAAACUAAUCUACGUAAUAUUUUCAAUAAUAACGUUGCAAAGUGAAAAUA